GACGAGCAGGCAACGCGCACGGACGUUCGUUCUCCGAAUUUUAGGAGAACUUGGACCUCGAGUAGUUUUAGAAAGUUAAUGCCCAGCAGCUGCGAAUCGCAAAGAACCCAAUCAAAUCGUUAAAUACUACCUACCAAUCGAUCUCGUUUGCCUUAUGAAGUAGAAGAAAAGUGGUGGUCGUUAAGAGUUAUAGUUUCCAACGAAAGUGCAAUUUUUAAAUCAAUUUUUUACGUUGUGUGUACGUUACAACUAAAGACUGACAGCUCUGAUACAUCGGGAAGCCGAAAUUAAGUUUAUUUCCGGCGAGCUGACACAAGCAGAGAUAGGAAGUGCUAGGAAUUAGUGAAUUAGUAAAGCUGUAUGUACAUAUGUAUGUAUGUGUAGCCCGAAUACUACAUAACAACCUAGGUCAAUAUUGUUUAAAGUGGCGUGUGAAUGUGCGCAGAGAUAACAACAACGAUUGCUAGUUGCUCAGCAGAUAAUAAACACACAGAAACACACACAAACGCACAUCGGACCACACACUCGUGACUAGAACAUAUUCACGGAAAUCGGAAAAGAACAACAAUAGCAAAAGCAAUAGCAACAUCAGUGCAAGAGAGCACUACGAUUCUAAACUUGAAAAUAAUAAUUUUAUAAUAUCAAAGCCCGAAGGUUGUCGACUAGUGGCUCACCCGAAGAGAGCCGAGUGAACCCGAGCGCGCACCCGAAUGCCGAACAUCAAGUAUACGUACGAUCGCUUGCUCAGCGCCUUUCAGUGCUAGCCAGCUACCACCAAUAAUAACAAUAACAAAAACAAUAGCACUGCUAAACGGAAAACAGAAACGUUCCUCUUCUAACGGUCUCAGUGAGUUUUGUAAUUGUUCAUUGGCGAGUGCGAAAAGGAGAGACAGAGAGAGAAGCAGAGAACUGUCGCAGCGAUUGCGAUUACGGUUCCGCGGCGCAGUGAAAAAGUCUAGGCGGAAAACACUUGCCUCUGGUCGAUUUGCGUGUUUGGACGCGCGACUCCCUCAGAACUUGCAAAAAAAAGGAAAAAUCGGCAAAAAAGUGAUCACACAUCAAGAAGCUUACUUGGAUUACAAUUUGCGGUCGAGAAGGACUUAUAAACUGAAUUCUACGGAUUUUAUAGAACAAUUUUAUGAUUCAGCCACAACCAAAAUGGUUUACUAUUCCGCCAACCAGCUGCUCAUAAAAACGGAACAAUCUAGUCAGGCGCAGUUCUGCCUCCAGGUGCCGCCUCCACUAACGGCGACGACCACGAGCGUGGGCCUAGGAGUUCCGCCAUCCGGCGGUCAGCAGGAGCACUACGAGCUGCUGCAGACGCCGCAGCAGCGACAAAUGCAACUGCAGCUGCAGGACCAGCAGCAGCAGGAGCAGCAGUUCGUCAGCUACCAACUGGCCAUCCAGCAGCACCAGAAGCAGCAGCAACAUGAAAGUAUUACGACAGCAGCACCCACGGCAGCUCCAUCAGCCCAGCGGAUCAAGACAGAGCCCGCCGGCGGAUUCCCAGCGGCGGCAGCCGUGGUGUCGCAGGUGCGCAAGCCCAGCGGCAGCAAGCCGCAGUUCAAGUGCGACCAGUGUGGCAUGACCUUUGGCAGCAAAUCCGCCCACACCUCACACACCAAGUCGCACUCGAAGAACCAAGAUCUGUCGCUCAAUGGCGCCUCUGGAGCCGGCGUUGCUGUGCCCGUUUCAACCGCAGCCAUCGAGCUCAAUGAUGCGGGUCUGCCGGUGGGCAUUCCCAAGAGCCCUACCAUCAAGCCGCUGCCCAAUGUGGCCGCCGGAGCAGAUCCCUAUCAGUGCAAUGUUUGCCAGAAAACAUUCGCCGUUCCCGCCAGGCUGAUCCGCCACUACCGCACCCACACUGGUGAACGGCCAUUCGAGUGCGAGUUCUGCCACAAACUGUUCAGCGUGAAGGAGAACCUCCAGGUGCACCGGCGCAUCCACACGAAGGAGCGUCCGUACAAGUGCGACGUCUGUGGACGGGCAUUCGAGCACUCCGGAAAGCUGCACCGCCACAUGCGCAUCCACACCGGUGAGCGGCCACACAAGUGCUCCGUGUGCGAGAAGACGUUCAUCCAGUCCGGCCAGCUGGUGAUCCAUAUGCGCACGCACACCGGCGAGAAGCCGUACAAGUGCCCGGAGCCGGGAUGCGGCAAAGGUUUCACCUGCUCCAAGCAGCUCAAGGUGCACUCGCGGACGCAUACGGGCGAGAAGCCCUACCACUGCGACAUCUGCUUCCGGGACUUUGGCUACAAUCAUGUGCUGAAGCUGCACCGCGUCCAGCACUACGGCUCCAAGUGCUACAAGUGCACCAUCUGCGACGAGACGUUCAAGAACAAGAAGGAGAUGGAGGCCCACAUCAAGGGCCAUGCCAACGAAGUACCCGACGACGAAGCGGAGGCGGCUGCUGCGUCGGCAGCAGCAUCAACGUCCGCAGGCUCCUCCGCCGGAUCGCCGUCCUUGCAAGGAGUCAGCAGUAACUCCGAGAGCAGCAACCACUCUCCGCCCAGCUCGCCACCGGCCACAAAGAAACCUCGCCAGGCUCGACAGGCGCGCGGUUCCAAAACCGGUGCAGCCACCCUUUCCAUCCCUACCUCCUCGCCGCUCUCGCCCAGCUCACUCAGUUCCACAUACUCGCCAUCGGCUAGCAGCAUGGCCUCGCCACCACCUACGUCGGCCCACUACCUGCCCGUCCAGAUGGAGGCGGAUGCCUUGAGCCGGGACAGCGGCGUGUCCAGCGCCCAGCCCGCCCACAGCACAUAUGCAGACGAGGAGCCCACAGAUUUGAGCAUGCAGCAGGUCCAGGGUCAAAUGCCAGAAAGCACUGUGGACUACUACCAGGCCCCGCCAAGUCUACUCGAGCUGCAGCCGCAAGCCGCUGGUCUAACCGCCCUGCUCGAAGCGGCCAGCAUGGCGCGUCGCCAUCACGACAACGAUGACCAGGUGCAGGAUGAGGAUGUGCACGCAGCCGCCUGGCAAAUGAUGCAGUUGCGCCGCGGCCACGUUUCCUUACCUCCAGCGGAGCAACCGUCGCCAAACCAUCAGCCACAGGUGCCCACUCUGCAUGUCAGCGAUCUAGCGGCCAACUACGAUGACACCCAUGAAGCCACUGUGCUGAUCGAGCACUUCAAGCGUGGUGAUCUCGCUCGCCACGGGCUGCACAAGGGCUAUGCACCAGUGCCCAAGUAUGAAUCCGCUCUACCCGAACCGGACAUUGUGCGACGCGUGGAGGCGGCCAUCGGCCUGCGUUCCAGCACGGAGUCGCCGGAACGUAGCUCCUCGCCGGAGAGCGACUCCCUGAUGAUGGCCGACCGGAACGUGAUGACGCUGCCGCUGCGCAAGCGCAAGCACUACAUGAACAAGGGCGACGACGGUCAGGUGGAUUCGGAGAAGGCUAGCGGAGAUGGCUCCUCCGCCGCCGGUGGCGCCGCUUCCGUUGGCGCCGGGGAUGGACCCGGGUCCAAGGUGAUGCGGAUGAGCUCGGUCAUUCAGUUCGCCAAGGCCUCCUAGGGGUCCAAGGUCGAUCCCCAAUCAGCAUUAAGACUGUCCAAACAAAUUCUAACUGAAAUUAGCCUAAGUUUUUUCUCUGAGGUUCGGGCUUAGGCCUGGAAAAAGAAAGCAAAGAGACGUAUGGAUAUGGCAGAGAGAUAGUUUUCCAGCAGCGAAAAUGAAUAUGCCAAAAGUAUUAAAAA